GUCACCCCUUCUAUCUAGAAUGGUCAGCCCCAUACUGACCAUGCAGCCGUCAACUAGAUCUCUGUCGCAAGUACAAGUGCCUGUGCUCAGGCACGCUGGCAUGCCUGUCACUCCUUGUGCUCUCCAUCUGCUUGUCAAGACCUAGCCCCGCUGACGUGACAUCACAUCCAUCGCCUGCCGAAUCUGUCGCCGUCGCAAGUUGGCAUUUUGAUACUUGACCACAUUGUGACAGAGACAAGGGGCUACCAGACGCCAGCCACCAGCCAGGCAUCUCGGCUUGCAGCCGGUCCUUGUCGCCACCUCACUCGAGAAUCUAUCACCUCUUCUCCCGGCCAAUUCCACCUUGACUACUGUCACCCACCCUGUCAAUUCUGCCCCCUUCCGUGCUUCCCACCGUCUGUACCGGCCCCGACAGUCCCGUUCCAGACCGGCCAGCUGGGUCCUAAGAUGGCGGGCCCUCUCGGCAGCCUGAUGGCCCACCUCCGUGGCAUAGCCAUCAUCACUCCCUGGGCGCUUGCCCUGCUGCUUCAGGACCUGCUCCUCUCGCUCCUCCUGCUGCUGAGGCCCUUCAACCCCCUCAUGGCUUACAACAUCUCCAGCCCCAUCGCGUGGUCCUGCUGGGCUGGCAUCCAGUUCAUCUUCGAGCGGCUCAACGGCGCCAAGAUCGUCGUCUCCGGGGACAAGCUCCCCGCCGGCGAGUCGGCCGUCGUCAUCGCCAAUCAUGUGGGUUGGAGCGACUUUUACAUGAUCCAGCAUCUGGCCAUCAAGGCCGGGAUGCUCGGAUACUGUAGGUACUUCGCCAAGGCCCAGCUCAAGAAGGUUCCGCUGCUCGGAUGGGGUCUGGUUGCCAUGGGCAUGCCGCUUGUGACCAGGAACUGGCAGCAAGACAAGCGCGAACUCGAUCGUGUCUUCUCAGGGAUCACCCGGCACCGAUUUCCAACCUGGCUCAUCUCGUUCAGCGAGGCCACACGCUUCACACCGCAGAAGCAACACGAAAUGCGCGAGUGGUGUGUGGCCAACGACCGCCCACAGCCCCGUCACCUGCUCUACCCGCGCACAAAGGGCUUCAUCGCCACCGUCCAGCACGUGCGCCGGGCCGCCCACGUCAAGGCUGUUUAUGACCUGACCAUCGCCUACCGCCGCGGGGGGCAAUUCCUGGCGGCUCCUCCUUUCUGGGACACUAUUCGCCUCGGUGGUCUCAGUAGCGGGGCCGGCCGGUACCGCUUCGAGGUGCACCUGCGCCGCUUCGCCAUGGAGGACCUGCCGCUGGAGGACGCGCAGUUGGCCAAGUGGCUGGAGACGCGGUGGCUUGAGAAGGGGGAGUGGCUGGAGAGCAAGAGGCUUCAGUGGGAGGCCGAGGAUAGGGUUAGAUAAAGUAAUAGCUUUAAUAUUACUUAUAUUCUUAUUUA